AUGCACACUAACACACACAGACACUGUUCCUCUUCUGCUGCAGGAGUACCGGGUCAGAGAGUUGAGCCUUGUGAACCCGGAGAGGCCGGGUCCCCGGGGCCGAGGAGUUUCCCUGGUGUGCCAGGAAUGCAGGGGCAGUGUGGCGAGAAACCUUUCGCAUAUCGCUCGGCAUUCAGUGUGGGACCGACUACUCCUAUAACUACUGUCAACACACCCAUCAUCUUUACUGAUGAGUUUUACAAUGAACUGGAUGAGGACAUGAAGGUUGGUUUGUACCAUAAUGGUCGUGUGGUUUCAUUGACCCUGGAUGAUUCUUUUCCACCUAAUAUGGACCAGGCCUCAGGAUCAGCCAUACUCCCCCUCACCCACGGAGACCAAGUCUGACUACAGUUGUAUGGUGCAGGAAUGGAGGAGGGGAGGGUAUAUGCUGAUAUCAACAAUGACGCCACCUUCACUGGGUUCCCCGUGCAGCCCCACCUGCUGGCACUCACCUGUGCUGCUGAAGCGGGGAUUUGUGGCGGGUCGUCCUCAGAGAUGGCCGGUGGGGGUUCAUCAACUCAGAGAAGUGGCUUUCACAUUAGUGUGGACGGCCGGCUGGAGCAUGGCUUUGGUCACGGGUAUGAAUCUUCUGGUCCGUCUGGACAGAAGGCGCUGAGCGGGACAGGGGAGUCCAUCAUUGGGGAAUAUUGCGAGCGUGGAGGAGAGCAGCUUGGAUGUCCGCGCCGUCACAGUCUCACUUUUCCAGCGGAUCCAACACCACGCUCAGCAAGGCCAUUUGAUUGCAGGAAAUGA